AGUAGGUUCAGCCGUUGUUCCCAGAAAAACAGUAGGUCCAGCUGUUGUUCCCUGGGCGCCCUCAGCUUCCUCGAUCUUGUAAAUCCUAGCCCCACCCGAUGGUUGUCCGCGGACGAUUCUGCGGCUAAGAUUUCGGCAAGGCAUCGGUGAGCUUUGGCCGAUUCCAUCUCCGGCGACGAAAAGCGUCCAAGAUUCAUCGGGUUGUAUAUGAAUUGAAGCAGCAUGGUGCAAUUUAAAAAUAGAUAUAUGGUACUGGAAGUCUUUAUAGAUUCAAACAGAGACUUGGCUGACAAUGAUCCAAUAAUUAUUAGUGAUUUCAAUGUGUCUAAAGCUAUCAAAGAUAGCAUCCAAUUAAACUUUGGGGAGUGUGGUCUGGCCUUAGCACUUGGAUCAUUUCAAGUUAAAUAUGUGAACUCUACAACCAAGUUAUGCAUCAUCAGAACGUCUCGCGAGGAUCACAAAAAGGUGUGGUCUGCUAUUACAAUGGUUAGGAGCAUUGGAAAGUGCCCAGUAACAUUCAACUUACUGAACUUGAGUGGAACCAUCAAAGCCUGUAAGAGGGCUGCCUUAAAGUGUGAUGAAGCAAAGUUUGAACAAUACAAGCUAGCUGCUGGAGAUCGUGUCACACCAGAGAUUACUCGUUAUGUAAAAGGUCGCUUUGACAAAAUCAAAACUUUAGAAAACUAAGGGCAGGAGGUUGCCCAUCUGCAGCAAUUCUAGGUGGAAUACCAGUUUUCUGCGUUUGCAAAGCCUUAUUGGCAAUGUAUCUGCAGGGGAAAGAAGAAAGAGAAAAGGAAACAGAAGGAUAUGUUGCCAAAACAAGGAAAGAAGAAAAGAAGGCCAUGCCCAUACGCCUUGCCUGUUGGAGUUCCAGCAUCAGUUUCAGCGGCAAAAGCGGGUGUUUACAAGAUUCUUCCAAUUACCCUUUUCAAAAAAAAAAAAAAAAAAUUAUUUGCACUUUUGGUUGGUAUAUAUUUCAUUGAACUGAUUAAGUCCCGUGAUAUAUCUCAAGUAUCUUAUAAGUUCUACGAAGUCUAGUUCCUCUUUGUAUGCGUGAAAGAUUGCGUAGGGAGGGCAUGAUUAUUUCUACAUGUAAGGUUCAUCAUGGAUAUGGGUGAAUUAAAUAGAAAAGCAAAAUAAUUAGGAUCUUCAUGGGGAAGGAUAUUGUUUUGAUAAGCAAUUUUAAGUGGUGUGGUGCCGUAGGAGUACCAUGGCGUGGUUUGAGUUUGUUGAACCAGGCAGUUUAGCCCAGCCAACAAAUGUUUUGGUGCUUGAGAGGAUGACUGAUUUUACUGGUUCAUUUUAAAUAUGAUUGUGCCAUUGUCCAGAACUUGCUGUCUUGAAUUAGUUCAGGCCAAUUCUGAAUCUAAUUCAUGGUCUGGUUGUACCGAUAACGUGCCACAUGAGGCCGCCCAGAAAUUAAGUAAAUUUGGCCCUUGUUUCAUGUGAAUUUAUUUGAAAACUAUGCAUUCUA